AUGGUAGGCGAAAAAGGAUGGGAGACUUGCUACCACUCGACACCCGCUGGUUAUUUUACCGGCUAUCGCCGUGCCGCUAGUUUUCCUUUCUUUGGAGACCACUCGUUAGUACCUAGCAGUGCUUUGAAGGUAAGAAGGAUUUUUGAAGGACUUGUUCCUCUAUUCAAGUCCACAAAAAAUUUCCAGGUGUCAUUCAAAGCACAGAAAUCAGUCCGCUUCGCUGAUGAUUGUGGUGAAGAGUUGUGCUCUGUGAGGGUUAUAACGGAACCUAGUGACUAUCCGCCUGAAAUUAACCCAAGUGUUUUAAGGAAGCUCCGAGGUGAUAUCUACGAAGACGAAGCAUCUCAGAAGGAUUCUGCGCAAACAUGGAAUUUGCUGUUUAAACAACCUGCGAGUGAAUAUGUUCGAUUCAGAGAAACACUGGAAAAGGACCGAGUAUCGCUUGAAAAUGUAGUGAUUAAAACAAACUGGUCGAAACUUGUCGGAACUAUCAAGGUUGCUAAUAUUGCAUUUGAGAAGAAGGUGUUUGUAAGAUACACAUCGAAUAACUGGCAGUCCUACAUGGAUCGCGCAGCAACGUACCAACCGUCGACCAGCAAAGUUUAUGAUACAUUCACAUUCGAACUUGAUUUGCCGACAGUAAGUGACAAGAGCAAUCGAAUAGAAUUCUGUAUAUGCUACAUAGCGAAUGGUGCCGAGAACUGGGAUUCAAACGGUGGUGAGAACUAUAAAAUGGAACGCAUCGAUAAAAAUACAGCUCCUAAAAAAUCUGUGCCUCCUUUAUUUGGAAGCUUGAAGUAUUUGAAUCGCGACGACGCCUAUAGUUUGAGUCAGACGGAUUGGGCUCAUUUUGCAUCAUGGAAGAGUCUGAGCACUGAUGGUCCCUACUGGUAG